UGGGCGCGUGCGAACGCGACGCUCGCGCAACAGUUCCGACCCUGCAGCCCUCCGCGUUCCAUCACAGAGGAACAAGUUCCAUUGCCUUUCUGUCAAAACGCGUGGGUCGCCCUGCUUCCAUCGGUGCGUUCCAUCGCGUCGCUGUUCACACCGCCGAAAGCAACGCACUUCUUGGAGGCGAUUGUCGAAGCGUCCACCGAAACCAUGGCGAGUGGAUCUGGAGACAUGCCCGAUCUUGCCAAGUGCCGCAACGUAUCCCUGUUGCUGGAUGCGCUGGAACUGCGCGGAGACGACGAAGACGUCAGGCGGGUCUUCCUCCAGCCUAGCAGGGAGCGCAUGGAACUGCUCCGUUGGGUGCUCAUCAGCGCGGACCCCUCCAAGGCGAGCAUGGGCUACAUCAGCCUACCUACGGAAGAGAACGAGCUCUGCCAGUGCCUCGUAAACGUUCUCAUGCAGCUCAACUGCCUGCCCGACGACAAGUACGAGGACUUUGUUCGUGGAACGUGCGACAGCGAGGAGCAGCUGCAGUUGUGGAUUAAGCUUCUCAAGACUGCUGAAUGGGCACAAGACAAGCACUAGCUGAUCCACAUUUUUUCUUUCUUUUCUCAACUACUUCACAUAUAUUUGGCCUGAAAUCAUAAUUAGGGUAAUUGGAAAAAAAAUGCUAAUUAAGUGGUGAUACUGAAGCAUACAAAGGGAAGCUCAAUGUCAGAAGGAAGCGGACGACCCCGCUGCUGUUCUUGGAUGGUGCGACGUGCGUGCCGUGGUGUGCACUUAGAAUAAAUAUUAGGACAUUGAAGAAAAAAAAAAAAAAACUGCUGCCGUGCAUGGGCACAACCUUGUAAAACUUAAGCACAAAAAUAAAAUGCAA